AUGGUUCACUUAUUUUCUCUCGCUGUUAUUACUCUCGCAUUCAUCUAUGCAAUUGAAAGUGCUGUUGUCAAGGCUCCUGUAGCUGCUAGAGCAUGUUCACCUGUCAAAUGUCCAGGUGGUAAAACAAAAACAUGUCCAUAUGGUUAUCAAAAAUCGAAAGAUGGUUGUGAUAUUUGUAAAUGUAAUGAUCCAUGUAAUCCACAAGGAAAGGCUAAACUUUGUGGACCUAAAGAACGAUGUCAUGUUGAAAAGAAAGCUGAUGGAACCUUUGGAACUCGUUGUGAUGCAGCAAAACCAAAAAAAGAAGGCAAAGGUGAUAAAAAGGGUGGAGAUAAAUCAAAAGUUGAUUGUACUGCACCAGCAGUAACUGGUAUGUGUCGAGCAGCUCAUAAACGUUUUCAUUACAAUUCCGCUACAAAAGCCUGUCAAGAAUUCAAUUAUGGAGGAUGUGGUGGUUCUAGUGCUGAGAAAUUUAUAACAGGAAAAAUAACUCAUGUUGAUUCAAAUCAUAUUGAUAAAAAUUCAAAAAUUGAAGUUACAUUACGAGAUACUAGUUUAAUGGAUACCGCUGCAAAAUUAAUCGCAACAACUACUAUAUCUGAUGCAACUACAUUUCCUGUUUCUUAUAAACUUAAAUAUAAUCCAUCGGAGAUUAAAGAUGGUCAUACUUAUUCAGUAUCUGCUAGAAUCAAUGGACCUGAUCAUCAACUUCAUUUCAUUAAUGAUGUUAAUACAAGAGUUAAUUUCGCUGAUUCAUCAUCAUCACCAAUGGUUGAUAUUGCUGUUAUUCGAGUUGGUGGAAGUGCUAGUUCAACAAAAGCUUCUGAUCAAAAAGUAUGUGCACCAGUAAAGUGUAGUGGUACAACAAAAACAUGUCCAUACGGUUAUCAAAAACUCGAUGGUUGUGAAAUUUGUAAAUGUAAUGAUCCUUGUAAUCCACCAGGAAAACCUAUAUUAUGUGGAUCUAAACAACGAUGUUUUGUUGACAAGAAACCUGAUGGAAGUUUUGGAACUCGUUGUGAUACAGUAUCAUCAAAAAGAGACAAACAACGUAAAAUGGUUGCAAAAAUUUUUUGCAGUCAACCAAGAAAAUCUGGUCCAUGUAAAGCACACCUUCCACGAUUUUAUUAUAAUUCAGUAACAAAAUCUUGUUUAUCAUUCGUCUAUGGUGGAUGUCAAGGCAAUAAAAAUAAUUUUCCAACCAAAGUCGAUUGUGAAAAAGCAUGCAGAGCUUAG